GGCGCGCACACGCAGGCAUGCACGUAGGCACGCACGCAGGCGUUAGCGCGUGCGCGCGCAGCACGUGUCGGCGUGUGCAUCAUGGCGGAGCGGCGCGCGGUGCCCAGUGACCUGUUCCCCCUCGUGCUCGCGUUCCUGCGCGAGAGCGGCUGCCAGGGCGCGGCGCGCGCCUUCGCCAGGGAGGCGGCGGCGAAGGAGCAGGACCCCAACGCGGCCUCGCUGCUGGACAUCUUCACCUACUGGCUGCGGUCUCCAGCGGCCAAGAAGAGAAAGCUGGUCCCGAACGGCGCCCAGGCCAAGAGGAAGCCGUCGGCCAGCAGCAGUGACAGCUCCAGCGAGGAGGAUGAGAAACCCCCGGCCAAGAAGCCUGCUAAAGCAUCAGCUGUGCCCAAAGCAAAAGCAGCUCCUGCAGCCAAGACAGCAGAGAGCAGCAGUGAGGACUCCAGUGAUGAUUCAGACUCGGAGGAGGAGAAGAAGCCAGCAAAGAAAGGUGCAAAACCUGUUGUGAAGCCAGCUGGAGCCAAAAUCCAGCCUCAGAAGAAAGCAGAGAGUUCCAGUUCUGACUCAAGCAGCUCGGAUGAAGGAGCACCAAAGAAGCAACCACCAAAACCAGCAACACCUAAAUCAGGAAGCAAAGCUGCCCAGGCAGCCACCAAAGUUGUCAAUGGAAAAGCAGAAAGCAGUAGCAGCAGCAGUGAAGAUUCUGAUGAGGAAAAGGCUCCACCAAAAAAGGCUGUUCCCAAGAAAUCACCUCUGCCAAAACCUGCAGCCGCUCAAGCAUGUCCGGGGAAAACCAAACGUGCCAAGGAAAGUUCCAGCAGUGAGGACUCAUCUGACAGCUCAGAUGAUGAAAAGCCCCCUGCAAAACAAAAGCCAAAAUCUGGUCCAUACAGUGCUGUACCACCUCCUCAAGGAACACAGGCAAAGAAGGGCCUUGCUAAAGCUCCUGCAAAAAAGGCUGAGAGCAGUGACUCUUCAGACAGUAGUGAUGAGGCAGAGCAGGUGCCCUCAAAGGCAGGCAAAGCAGUAGUAGCUAAAACACCCCCUGCCCCCCAGAAGAAAGCUGUGACUACCAAGAAGGCUGAAUCCAGUUCUGACAGUGACUCAGAUUCUAGCUCUGAAGAUGAUAAAAAGAAGGUAGGGAAUAAGCUCCCUGCUAAACAACCUGUGAUAAAGAAUACUUCCAAACCAGCAAAAGUAAUUGUCAAGCCUGGACAAGCAAAGAAAGACUCCAGUUCUUCCUCAGACAGCUCAGAUUCUGAUAGUUCUGACAAGAAGGCAGCUCCUGUGAAGCCCACAACUAAAGCAGCAACCCCUGCAGCAAAGAAGUCUCCAGCUGCCACAAAGAAAGCACAAAGUAGCUCUGAUUCAGAUAGCAGCUCCAGCAGUUCUGAGGAUGAGAAGAAGAAGAAAGGUCCUCCAGUUAAACCAGCUGGCAAAGUGGCUAAGCCACUGUCCAAACCUUCUACUCCAGCUCCCAAAGCAGACACAUCUGACUCUGAUAGCUCAAGCAGUGAAGAAGAAAAGCCAGCAGGAAAACCAGCCACCAAAUCUACAGGGGCAGCAAAAGCAGCUGUGGGGAAGAAGGCAGCUGCUUCUAGCAGUAGCAGCAGCUCAUCAGACAGUUCCAGUGAAGAGGAUGAGAAGCCCAAAAAGGCAGUGAAGGGGGUGCAGAACAGUUCUAAAGCCCCUGCCUCCACAGAGAAAGCAAAAGCAUCUGCAGUAGCUGCAAACAACGUGAAGUCUAAGCCAGCUGGUGGCAGCAGUAGCAGCAGUGAAAGCAGCUCUGAAGAAGAGACUGGAAAAGUCAAUGGAGGCACAGUCGGGAAGAAACAGAAGAGGGAAGAUGUUCAGGAGCCAGAAACACCACACAGUAAAAAAGCAAAGAUCAAAGCCAAAACACCACACACAGUUCCCAAGGUGAAACGGCCGUCCUCUCCAUUCCGUCGCGUAAGGGAAGAAGAGAUUGAGGUGGAUGCCCGUGUGGCUGAUAACUCAUUUGAAGCAAAGAAAGGAGCAGCUGGCGACUGGGGUGAGAAAGCUAACAACAUCCUGAAAUACACUAAAGGCAAAUCUUUCCGUCAUGAGAAAACAAAGAAAAAGCGAGGCAGCUACCGUGGGGGCACUAUAUCAACCCAAGUCAAUUCUGUCAAAUUUGAAAGUGACUGAGAAUGUUGGAGUUCAUAAACCAUCUGCUCACCAGAACACCUGGGAUGGGCAUGUGGACAUUAUGGGUGUCUGGAAAGCCUGUCUGGAAUGCUACCUCCCCAUGGCCCUUGUGGGGCAGGCAGCUCCAGUGUAGGGAUGUGGGAGAAUGGUUGGAUGUUUCCCUGUUUUAUUUCUAAAUUUUAGUCUCCUAAUUUGAAACCAUCCUUAAGCUGGUGUUAUUGGCACCACUAGGGUGGCCGCCAGGACUUAUAUGUUCUACAGUCUUAUUUUGAAAGGCUGGCAGUGUUUUUUACUUUUGGUUUCCUGCCCAUCUACUAGAAGAAAGAUAAAUCAUUGUCCUGUAUUUUAACCUCCCAUUUAUUUUCCAUCCAGUUUAACUCUCAUACCUUUGAAAAGGCAAGUAUUGUCACUUGCCUCUGACAAGUUACUGUAAGAACAACUGAUUUGAGUGCUCUGGCUGUAAUCCCCAACCCCACUUGACAUUUCAAGUUUACCCUUGUACUGUGACCGGGUUCCUUUUCUCUUUUGUUUUGUGGUUUCACCUUGCAGUAAAUACCUACUUUUCUCUUCCUUGCACUCCUGUGGAGGCCACUAACCAGAGUACAUGGAGAAGCAGUCUCUAAACAUGGUUUAGUAGUUGAGUAACAGUAUCAAUUGCAGUUGCAAGGUGGGGGCUAUUGUCAGAAAGACCAAGGUCUACAGUACUGCUGUGGCCGUCCUAGUAACACUUCCAUUAGUGUAGCUGGGGAGUGAAGUUGUACAGAAACUGGACUGCAUGGGGAUUGUGAAGUUUCACUUGAUAGGAAGGGAAAAGGAGACUGAGGAGAUGAAGGCCUCUUAGCAAAAGGCAGAGGUGGAUAAGCAGUGUUACUGUUUCAGAGGCUCUGGCUGCAGUGGCAUUACUCCUUGUUCUGUCUGAACAUAAAAUGUGCCAGCUUGCAUUUACUGCCAGCAGUGUGAGCUGUAGCUUGUUAGGAGUCAAGGGGAAUGUAUCAUUAAUGCCUUAAAUUUCUGAGUUAGACCACUUGGUCUUUAAUCUGUUUUCCAUCUGUUAAAUCCUUCUUGAGAAGAUAAAUGCCAGUUUCCCCCUAGCACUAGGGCAAACCCUGGUGCUGUAAGGUUUGAAGCAUGAGCUAAAAGUGUAUGUUCAGUAUGGGCAGCCACAAAGAAGUUGAGAAACUUGCAGCCUAAACUGAGAUUUCAUGAGCAAUUGACAGUGUAAUGGUGUAUUGAGGGGUGAGCUUGCAUUCACUCAGUUGUGUGACUGCUUCCUCUGGUGCAGCUUGCAUCUGGUAGAAAAUAUUCCCCCUCUGUUUAGGUGGGUUAAGUUAACUAGUUUGAGGAGCAGUGGGUUGAGCCCACAGCCAGUAUGAGGUGAAUAGUGGUAGUGCAUGUUUGGGAAAUGGAGUAGUGGGCUGUGAAAUAUGCUUACCCCACAUGAUGAAGCUGUCAGCCACUGAGAGGUAGUGCAGGGCCUGAUUUCCAUGUUUCCAUUCCCUCCCCAAAGGGUGCCAAUGAGAAGAGCCUUGUUGUAGGAAGCUGUGUUUGUGUGCAGAGCAGUGUCACCUAAUUGAGGGUUGGGAUGAGACUUGAUGAGCCACCCCCAUGUACGUGAGUGGCAACUUUUUCCAGUGAGCAUUUUUCAGGACUUCCCCCAGCUUGCACAAUCACUGGGGCUACAGUGCAGAGGGGCCCAGGAGACCAUGGUUAUUACAAGAAAGUAAAGGUUAGAGGCCAAAGGAAGGUGGGAAAGAGUAUUUUCUGCAUGAGGAUUUGAACAUCAUCUUUGUCAUUUGCCCUCUUUUUUCUGUUUAUCUGGAACUUACAUUUGAAACUGUUUAAAAUACUUUUAUGCUUUGAAGUUUUUAAAAAAGUAUAAAAUGUGAGAAUUUAAUGUGUCAGAAAAUAAAGAUUGCUGCCUUUGUAGUCUGA